CAGGGGCAGGCCGCCUCUCGACAUACUAACCAAGACCAGUUUCUGGCCUGCUGUGCUUCUGCGGCACUUCCGGUUUUAUCCGGAUUGUCAUUCGCUGCGUGCGCCGGCGGUAAGAGCGGCCGCGCGUGCGUUGCCUGUCAAGUGCGCAGCCGCCGCACGGGGCAGCGUUCCCAGGAUCGAUUGCAGUGGUAGUGAGUGGGCUGGGGUUCGUCCAGAGCCGCCUGUCAAUCUAUGUAUCCUGCUGCUGGGGAGAGGGACACCAGCAGCAGUGCAGUCCCAGUUAGUGACCGUCGCCUCCUUACUGCUCCUCUCGUUCUUUACAAUGGGUGUCCGGCCUGGAAUCACUUACACAAUCGGCAUCCUAUGCAUUAUCUUAUUAAUAGCGAGCAUUGCUCUCCUCGUCACUAACGUCUUCCUCAAAGUCGUUGAGAAUGACGUUAAAAAGGAAAUACAGCUGAGGAAUGGUACAGUCACCUUUGAGACUUGGGAAAAUCCUCCUCCACCAAUUUACAUGCAGUUUUACUUCUUUAAUGUCACCAACCCUGAUGAGGUGCUAAAUGGAAGAAAACCUUUUCUUGAAGAACAAGGCCCUUACACUUACAGAGAGUAUAGACCUAAAGAAAACGUCACGUUUCUGGAUGAUGGAGUGAUGGUGUCUGCUAUGACCUCUAAGACCUAUGUAUUUGUUCCUGAGUUGUCUAAAGGAGAUCCAGCAAUUGACUUGAUUAGGACAGUGAAUAUUCCAGUUGUGACUGUAAUGGAUAUGGUAAAAUAUUCCAGUUACUAUAUUUUACUGGUGGAAGCUCUGUUGACCAUGAAAGGGGAGGGUCUUUUUACAACACGAACAGUACAUGAGCUUCUCUGGGGUUACAAAGAUCCUGUACUUUCAGCCAUCCAUUUCUUCAAAAAGGACAUUGAUGAUUACUUUGGGCUCUAUUAUAAGAUGAAUGGGACAGAUGAUGGCGAAUAUGUUUUUCUCACGGGACAAGAAAACUAUGAAAAUUUUACUAGAAUUGUUAAAUGGAGGGGUAACGACUCAUUGGAUUGGUGGACAACGGAUAAAUGCAAUAUGAUCAAUGGUACUGAUGGUACUUCCUUCCACCCUUUAAUAACUAAAAAUGACACUCUUCUCUUCUUUUCUUCAGAGCUUUGCAGGUCUCUCUAUGCUACUUUUGAGCAGGAGCUUAGAGUCAAAGGGAUACCAGUCUUCCGAUUUGUGCUGCCAAGUGAGAUUUUAGCCAAUGCUACAGUCAACCCAGGGAAUGCUGGGUUCUGUGUUCCAGCUGGCAACUGCCUGGGAUCAGGUGUAUUGAAUGUGAGCGUAUGCAGGCAAGGUGCGCCUAUUAUUCUUUCGUCUCCACAUUUUUACCAGGCAGAUCAAAAAUUUAUUGAUGAUAUCGAAGGAAUGCAUCCAGAUAAGGCAAAUCAUGAAACGUUUCUGGACAUAAAUCCUCUUACAGGGCUCCUUGUGAGGGCAGCAAAACGAGUUCAAAUCAAUGUUUACAUUGAAAAAAUAGAUGGAUUUCAUCAGACUGGGAAAGUUCAAACACUUGUCUUUCCUGUGAUGUAUCUCAAUGAGAGUAUUUUGAUCGAUAACACAUCGGCUGCUAAGUUGAAUGCCAUGCUCCUGCUGUCCGAAGUAGUAACCGUAAUUCCAUUUAUGAUAAUGGGACUGGGGAUUCUCUUUGGAUUGAUCUUCAUUGUACUUGUGUGCACUAAUCGCAGUGAGGUUACUGAGGCAUCAGAGGCAGAAAGGACACCCCUGUUGAAACCAUCUUGAAACUUCGUGCCAGCAUUUCUGCAGCCCUGAUUGAGAGCAGCUAUGCAAAGGAUGCAUGUUUGUUUUCUUGUACAUUUUCUAGAGUUGCACAGCUGGUUUCAAAGUCUCACUGAGCACAAUUUGUUCCCUAAAAUGUCAAAUUGUGUUACUGAAGUCAAUUUUUCAAGGUCGAACUUGCAAAAUCAUACCUAGUAACACUACUUUUAAAACUUAAAUAAUGAUGUGAUUAUAAAUGGAAUUACUCACUGCAGUUCUGCAACAUUGACUACUAUGACUUCAGUCUGUAAAGGCAGAGCAAUCUUUUUGGUAAUGAAGCCUUUGCUUAUGAUCCACAUUAGUUAUGAUCAAGUGUACUGUGGUAAUGUUGUUCAUGGCACUCUGGAGUUUCCAAGGAAUUUUUGUGUGUAUAUAUUGGAGUAUAUUUAAUUUAUAUUUAACUCGAAUAAUGAUGGCUAUAUCCUUGGGUGAUUUCUUCUUUGAGAUCUAGUUUGUUCAGGUGUGAAAGCACUUACUCUGACACACCCUUUUCUUUCUUCCUCCUAUCCCCUGGCUGCACUUAAUAUAUUUAUCCUGCACACUUGCCACAUAGACUGAAACACGUGAUUUCUUUUGUGCACCUUGUAAUAAUAGACAAUAGAAUUACAUUGGUGCAGUCAAGCAAUGCCAAUUGGUAGUAUGGAUUCAGUGAGAAAAAUGGUUUUGUUCAUAUAUUAGUAUUCGGGAGGAGAGUGGAUGAAUGCAAUCAAAAUUAAGAUGAAGCAUCUGUGCCAAACAAUAAUCCCUCUCCAUUACAUAUGAAUCUGGACUCUUGGUCUUUAAACAUGCUCCAGCCACCAUUGUAGUUCAGUUAUUUGAGACUUAAAUUAAAAUGUAAUACAAGAGAUAGGAGGAAGGACAUUUUUACACAAGCAUUCCUCCCUUUUUUUCUGUUUUGUACUCAAAUGAAUCCAGUGGUGGGAUUGUAGACAAGUUAGUAAUAAAAUUGACACUUGCAUAUUUAGUGUAAUGUAGAAAGUUUUACUAAUGAAUAGUGGUGUACCAAAACUCAGUACAUGAGCAAAAGCAAUUUAAAGAUUCAAGGUGCACUAUGCUUCAAAUUAAUACUCUGCUGAAGCUGUUAAACUCUUGGUCCGCUUUGCUUGUCUUAUACCCAAGUUAACAUCCAUCCUUGAAUCUAUGCCAGGAACCAUCCUUGCCAAUUGUAUGUCAUGGUUAGUUUUCUGAAAUUAGUCUUCUGGGUUCAGGCCAAUAAUGUGCUGCAAAGUAUUGUGCAAAAUAUGAAAAGAAUUCCAGGAAAGCAACCUCAAAGUGUGUCCAUUUGGAGAGCCCUUAUUUUCCUUCACUCUGUAUGCCAUACAUUUGAACAAAUGGUGUGUUCUUGUAUAUUUUUAUAUGGAUUAAAAUGUUUUAGAUAAUGCUUUUGUUUUUUUUAAAAAUGCAGCACAGUUCAAACAUUUUAUGACAUGGCUGACUCAUUUGGCACUGCAAAAUGUCUAAUUGCAAUGUUAUUUCUAAAAUAUUAAUAAAAUAUGCAAUUCAA